ACUGUCAACUUUUGCUUCAAUUUUUUAACGUUUAAACCCUAGAACGUACAACACGGCGACGAGAGACAGAGACAACAGGGUUUAAGCUCCCCCCAAGUACGAAGCCCUCCAUUCCAAUUUCUCCAUGACCUCCAACUCUGCCCACUACUCCUAGCCAAAACCCGCACCGCCAAAUCCAAAUUCGAAAACUCGCCGUCGAUGGCUGCCUCCAGGCUUUCCACCUUCGCAGCGGUGGCCGCCGCCGCAGCCGCCGCUUCCUUUCCGGCGCUCUCCAACCGCGCCUACGCCGACGGCCCGUUCCGCUUCUCUCCCUUCUCUUCUUCUCCCUCUCCUCCGUCCCAACAGCAGGCCGACCCUCCCAAUUCAGACGCCAAGUCCGCGGCGCCACCGGCCGCCGACGAGCCGAAAGGCGGGUUUGAUCCGGAGUCGUUGGAGAGAGGCGCCAAAGCUCUCCGGGAAAUCAACAGUUCUCCCCAUGCGAAGCAGGUGUUCGAAAUAAUGAGGAAGCAGGAACAGACGAGGCUUGCUGAUUUGGCGGCCGAGAAGGCGCACUACGAAGCGGUUCAAUCGCAAGCUGCCAUUGACAAGCAGCGGAAAAUGGCCGAGGAACAAAGGAAUUUAGUACAACAACAGUCACAGGCAAAGGCCCAAAUGCUACGAUAUGAGGAUGAAUUAGCUAGAAAAAGAAUGCAGACAGACAAUGAAGCUCAGAGGAGACACAAUGCUGAACUGGUUAGGAUGCAAGAGGAGUCCUCCACAAGGAAAGAACAAGCCAGAAGGGCAACUGAAGAACAGAUACAAGCUCAGCAACGCCAGACUGAAAAAGAGAGAGCUGAGAUAGAACGUGAAACCAUAAGAGUGAAGGCCAUGGCUGAGGCUGAAGGUCGGGCCCAUGAAGCAAAACUGACAGAGGACCACAACAGAAGAAUGCUUAUUGAACGGAUCAAUGGCGAAAGAGAGAAGUGGCUUGCUGCCAUUAAUACGACCUUUAGUCACAUCGAAGGGGGGGUCAGGAUUCUAUUAACUGACAGGAGCAAGUUGAUUAUGACUGUUGGAGGAGUUACAGCAUUAGCUGCAGGAGUUUAUACUACGAGAGAAGGCGCCCGAGUUACUUGGGGUUACAUCAACCGGAUUUUGGGGCAACCAUCAUUGAUUCGAGAAUCUUCCAUUGGAAAGUUUCCAUGGUCAGGUAUAGUUUCUCGAGGAGCAAACAGCCUGCGUAAUUUUGGUACAGCAGCAACGGCUGUGUCUGCAGAGAGCAGAACCAAGUUUGGAAACAUUGUUCUUCAUCCUUCCUUGCAGAGAAGAAUAGAGCAACUUGCUCGGGCUACAGCAAACACAAAGUCUCACGAGGCACCCUUUCGUAAUAUGCUAUUCUAUGGCCCUCCUGGCACUGGUAAAACCAUGGUUGCAAGGGAGAUAGCUAAAAAAUCGGGUUUGGAUUAUGCCAUGAUGACAGGAGGUGACGUUGCGCCACUUGGUCCGCAAGCCGUUACCAAAAUUCAUGAGAUAUUUGAUUGGGCUCGAAAAUCAAAGAAAGGAUUACUGCUCUUUAUUGAUGAGGCUGAUGCUUUUCUUUGCGAGCGUAACAGCACACACAUGAGCGAAGCUCAGAGAAGCGCAUUGAAUGCAUUGUUAUUCCGUACAGGAGACCAGUCAAGAGACAUAGUUCUUGUGCUUGCCACAAACAGACCUGGGGAUCUCGACAGUGCUAUCACUGACCGCAUAGAUGAGGUGAUAGAGUUCCCAAUUCCUCAGGAGGAGGAGCGUUUCAAACUGUUGAAGCUCUAUUUGAACAAGUAUUUGGGUGGUGAUGAAGGUGAAGGUGACAACAGCAGCAGCAGCAGCGGGGCGUCUAAGUGGGGAUCUUUGUUUUCUAAGAAGGGAGCGCAGAAGAUAACCAUAAAAGAUUUGUCAGACAAUGUUAUCCGAGAGGCUGCUCAGAAGACAGAAGGUUUCUCGGGCCGAGAGAUAGCGAAACUCAUGGCCAGUGUUCAAGCAGCGGUUUAUGGGCGCCCAGACUGUAUAUUGGACUCGCAGCUUUUCAAGGAGAUUGUUGAUUACAAGGUUGCAGAGCAUCAACAGCGAAUAAAAUUGGCAUCUGAAACUGGUUAGCUAGCGAGCUCGUUGUCGGGAUAGUAAUUACAUGCGGAAUGUUUUACUUGCAGGGUAGAGAUAUAGGGCUCUCUUGGUUUCCAAUUUUGUUGUCUGCAUUUUGUUAUUUAUAUUAAUCUUGAACUAAAACAUUUAGAAAACGGUAACCGGAAAUUCCGUCCGGAAUUUUGCAAAGGUUUUUUUUUUU